UGUCCCGUGUUGCGUGUGCGCACUUCAGCGAGUGAUCCCGCAAAGUUGACAAGAAAUCAUCCCGUCUUCCAAAAUGCUACUUCUCGCAAGCUUUAUCCUGCUCACCGCAUCCACCCUUGGGCCCGUUGCAGCCCAAAGGAUAACGACCAUCCAAUUAGACGGAGUGCAGUACUUUAUAUCGAGAAUGAACCCCUACAGUCCAGAGCUCAACUAUUUCCUCGCUUAUCAGUAUUGCAGAUCAUUAGGACUGCAGUUGGCAUCAUUUGAGACAAAGGAAAAGGCUGACUCAAUAACAACAUAUCUAACAAAUGCAGGCUACAAUAAAUAUGACUUUUGGACGUCGGGCAACAAUCUCGGUACGGACAUGUACCUGUGGAUGAGUACAGGGCUUCCUUUCAACGCGACCUUCAACUACAUGCGGCGCAUGACCCUUGAUGCACCAAGCCAGCACGCCGAUGACAGCAUGGACCCCCUGGAUGUUCCUCAGGGCAGCACAGCACCCCAACGCACCGCGAGGCAUGGUCUGUUUUCCAGAACUGAGCAUGUGAUGACCAACGGCUGCGUGUCACUCAAGGCGCCAUCCUUCCAUUGGGAACCACAGCACUGCGGCGAGAUCAAGGACUUCAUCUGCGAGCAGACCCGCUGCUACUACUACAACUACGGGUCCAUCCCCGUCUCCUCGGCGCAGGGGAAGCCACUGUCGAUGACGACCACAACGACGGCGCAUCCGCUCACAUCGUCGUCGCCGCCGCCGCCGCGCUCUGAGCAUCUCCCGACACAUUUCACCCUGAACGACCUCAUCGGCAAGCUACGACCAUCGUCCCUCGACGGCCUCCAAUCACCUCACCUCAAAGCCGGCGCUUUGCUUAAGUCCCCUCCUCAAAUCGACUCGCACUAUUCGCGAUCGGCUGAUGCACAUUCCAAGGAACCCGAACAGGGACCAAAGGAGGAGCCGACGCAGGGUCCUUAUGAGGCCGACGAGGGUAUGGUGGGCGACGACCCAGCGGCGUACCUCACGAACGAAGCUCGCGACGCCCAUGCUGUCGAAGAUGUGCCCUCGACCGCCGAGCCGGAUGCCACUGAGCAUUCCGUCCACGCCAGCGGCAUGCUGGCUCCCCCUGCAUACUAGCGUCCGACUCGACGGUCACGGUAAUAAUAAUUAUUAUAAGACGUGACUUAGGUUUACGUACUACCAAAAGUAUUAUUCAAUAUUUCAAAGCGUUUUGUAUGUAAAGCAAUAUUAAGACUUAAGUGCUUGCUAAUGAGGGUGAUAUCGCUUCGUCAUUUAUUAUUAUAAAUGUAAAUGAGAUUUAUGUAUUGUAGUACUUUUAAUUAUUAAUAUGCUCGAUGACGAGUGGUGGGAUCUAAGGGUUCUUUGGGACAGUAAUCUGUAGUGUUGAAGGUGCUGGCGACUCGCUCUGUACGACUUGCCUCCGCUUUCUAAUCAAUCAUAAUAACGAAUAUUCUACGAAAUAUAGGUACCUAAAUUUCAUAGACUCCAACUUGAGAAGGUUUGUCCGAUCUCCGAUGUAAACAUUUAUUAACCUUAAAAAUAUAUUAAUUUUAUGUAAGAAAAUUUUCUGAUUUCGAUUGUCUGGACAUAUCAUUCGGUGUAGUAGUUAAGAUAGUGUUUAUAUUAUGUGACGUACCUAGUUAAGUAUUAUAAGUUGGAACUCAAGAAUUUAAAGAAUAGUGAUGUAGUGAGUUAAUAAACGUAAUAUAAAAUUAA